AUGUCGGAUGAAUCACAAUACAACAGCUAUUUUUUUUUUACCAUAGGCUAUCGGCAGUUUUACGAUGCGGGGAGUGACGAAGAAGAGGCUCUCGCUGAGGCGACGAGAGCUGUGGAGGAAACGGAUCUAGAGCGUCAAACAGCCCUCUACCAACCGUUGCACGAGGAGGGGGUAGGGGAAGAACCUAGAGCGAGCACCUCGGCAGCCCCGGCCGAGACGAUACCGCAGCAUUUUACCAUAUAUCGGCCGUUUUACGACGCUGUGAGUGACGAAGAAGAAGAGGCUCUCGCUGAGACGACGAGAGCUGCGGAGGAAGCGGAUCUAGAGCAUCAAACCGCCCUCUACCAACCGCAGCAUGAGGAGAGGGCCGAGGAAGAGCCUAGAGCGAGCACCUCGGCAACCUCGGCCGAGCCGGUACCGCUGCAGCCCGAAUUUGAUGACGACGAGGCGUCGACUAUUCUCAACCCCUCCUUGAUGUUUAGCGAUCGGUCUGAUAUACUGGCUGUGUACCGGCACACCAGAGCUAACGAUGACGACGGAGCGAUAGCGGGUCCAUCGUAUCACCACCAUCGUCAGCAGGAAGAUGAUGACCUCGUACAACCCGAGAAUCAGCUGGGGGUGUAUCCGCUGGACGCUCAACAGGCGGAGGAGGAGGAGGAGGGGGAGGAGGAGGAGCGUCUAAACGAGGAGCGAUUAGAAGCUAGACGCUUCGGCCUAUGGUUUCAAGAGCUGAUGGAGUGUGAUUCAGGGUACUCGUCAGCUGACUCGUCAGCUGUCUCGUUAUUGGCGUACCGCGAUUAGUACGAGAUAUACAAACGGGCGGGGGGAGAACGCGCAAUACACAGGGGUGCGAGGCUUUCGGG